GCGGGCCCUGUGCGUCACGCGGCGUGGGCGGGACCGCAGGGGGUUGUCCGUCCGCAGCACGCACUGCAGUCGCAGCCGCUUCACGCCCGUUCCCGCGGUUGCAACUCGAGCUGCAGCCUUCGCGCCGCCUUCGUUCCCUCAGCCACCCGCUGCGUGGUCGGCCCCUCCGGCACACGGCUCCAGCCGCCGCGCAGCUGCCUUCUGAGCCCUCAGGCCUCCCCGGUUUUCUCGCCCGGCCCGACCCAGCCCGCGAAGAUGGUGGAUCGCGAGCAACUGGUGCAGAAAGCCCGGCUGGCCGAGCAGGCGGAGCGCUACGACGACAUGGCCGCGGCCAUGAAGAACGUGACAGAGCUGAAUGAGCCACUAUCCAAUGAAGAAAGAAAUCUUCUUUCUGUGGCCUACAAGAAUGUAGUUGGGGCACGCCGUUCUUCCUGGAGGGUCAUUAGUAGCAUUGAGCAGAAGACUUCUGCAGAUGGUAAUGAGAAGAAGAUAGAGAUGGUCCGUGCUUAUCGUGAAAAAAUAGAGAAGGAGUUGGAAGCAGUAUGUCAGGAUGUGCUGAGCCUGCUAGAUAACUACCUGAUCAAGAAUUGCAGUGAGACCCAAUAUGAGAGCAAAGUGUUUUACCUGAAGAUGAAAGGGGACUAUUACCGUUACUUGGCUGAAGUAGCCACUGGAGAGAAAAGGGCGACUGUUGUGGAAUCAUCUGAGAAGGCCUAUAGCGAAGCCCAUGAGAUCAGCAAGGAGCACAUGCAGCCUACUCACCCCAUUAGAUUAGGCCUGGCUCUUAACUACUCCGUUUUCUACUAUGAGAUCCAGAAUGCCCCAGAGCAAGCAUGCCACUUGGCCAAGACCGCCUUCGACGAUGCCAUUGCUGAGCUCGACACUCUCAAUGAGGACUCCUACAAGGACUCCACUCUCAUCAUGCAGCUCCUUCGUGACAACCUAACGCUCUGGACAAGCGAUCAGCAAGACGACGAUGGUGGAGAAGGCAACAAUUAAGGCCCCUCAGGUGGACUGGCAGCGCACGCUGAUGCUACUACUGCAGUCUUUAUUUUUUUCCCAUGAGUUUGGGGGUCGGGUGGGGGAGGGAAAGGGAGGGAUGACCUUCCUAGGGAGAAACCCACGACCUGUCCUGUCUUUGAUCGCCUCUUUGACAUUUUUGCCAAAAUACCACUAGUGGAAAGUCAGGCUAGCUGUGCUGGUAUUGGAAUAGCAGCCUCACACCGGCAUAUGGACUGUUCUGUAGAUUAAUGCAAGUGGAGCUGUCUAUCUUUAAUUUAACUUAUUGCUAGAUAAUAGGAUUUUAAAGUGAAAAGAAAACUUCAGUGGAAUGGCCCUCAUUCAGUAAGUUCUGUGGUUCCAGUAAGGAUUUUUAUGUACAUAUGCUCUUGUCUUAAGUUUUGGGUACUUUCUAUCUCAUCUGUAUUAGCUGUGCAUUUUUUUUCAGGGUGUACUCUACCAGACAUGGAAUAGUUUAAAUCCCAAACUGACAGACUUGGAACAUAAGGUAUAUUUAUCCUUAUGGUUUUUAGGCCUUGCUAGUUUUCUGAAGUCUCUGAUUAGAUGACAGUAUUAACACUAAAUUGCAGUUUACAGUAUUUCUACAUUACAGCCAUAUGUAACAUCAAGCCAUUGACUGUGUAUUUUUCUUUGCUAGUUAUUUUGGCUUUACAUCCUUAUUCAGCCAUAUCCAGGUUGGUUAUCUCCUAGGCCAAAGGCUUGCCUGAGAAGCAUCAAAGCUACUUUAGGUAUUGGUUAAUAGGUGCUUGGCAGGUGGCUGUGGGAUUUUUAUCUUUCUUUCCUCUUAAGUCCACCACAAAAGUUAUUAAUCACUUUAAUAGAAACAUUAAACACCACAAAAAAUAGAGAAAAUUCAGGUCUGUAUGUCAUUUAUUGCAUUGAUAUUUUCAGAGACAUCCUGAUUUGUAAGCUGCCACAGCUCCUUCCUCAGGGAUUACGCUGCCAUUUUGCUCUUCACUUGAGUCUUCCCCACUGUACCUUAUGCUGAUGCCACUCAGUUGGGUUGAAAAGGUGUGGGUUGUAGAAGCUGGGUGGCCAUUUUGAGAAAGUUUGUGGUGCAGUGUGUGAAAAUUCAGGUGCUAGAAGCUUACUGGUAGGAAAAUCCAAAAGGAAGAGCUCUGUUCAUAAACACUCCAUCCGGUUCUGGGAGCCUUGUGUGUCAGUUUUUCCUCCCUGAAAACACUUUUUCCCCAAUCAGUUGUUACAGGAAAACAAACUAAAAUCAUUAUCAGAUAAUAAAUACUAAACUCCUAUUUGACCAAAACUUUCUCUAUAUAUUUUUUCUCUUUAACAAAAACAUGGACAUCAGAUUCAUUUCUUGUAUAAUCAGUGCAUGUUUUAGAAUUGAGGGAAACCACAUUGCUAUCCUCACAAAUUUGUUUUCAUUUAGCCUUAGGUCCUCCAUUCUCACUUUGGAUAAGCCUGUCUGAAAACAUGAUCUAUUGCAUGUGUGUUCAGCCUUUUUUAUAAAAUCAGUAACUGAAUUCCCAAGAUAGGUCAUGACACCAGACUUGUUUCUUUGUUUUAUUUAGGCAAGGAGAGGUAUCAGUAAUGAUUGAGGAAAACUGACACUUGCUUUUGCUAAUACCAAAAUUGAGCUUACAAUUACGAAAUGAAUACCUUUAACAGAAUCCAGGUGACAGUGACGAUUGAAUGGUGAUGAUACUCUGUAACAUUGCACAGUUUAUCCAGCAUGACUUUCCUUAGAAGGUUCCCUUCCUAUGCUAGAGUGAAAGUCCCAAUUAACUGAAUCCUACCAGAAGCUCUGUAAAAGCUCUUUUGCCCUUACAGGGCUCUAAAGUCAAUGCCAUGGAAGGGAAAAAGAUUUGAGGGGGGAGGGUAGGUGGGGCUUUCCUUAAUUUAUCUUCAUGUCCAGUGAGCAGUGUUGUGUCCUUGUAGCAUUUGGAAAUGAUUUACUGGAAUUACAAAACCUAUAUAUUUUUUUAAAUUUUCAGCUUUGGCUCUGGCUGCUUUUUAGAAUAAUGCAAGAUAAAAAUCAUACCUGAGGGCUAAAAAUGAAGAGGAAAUGGGAGACUUGAUAUUUAAGCAGCUUGAAUGGUUUCUUUUCUUUUCUUUAUUUUUAAAGAAAUGCACUUGCCUAUGAUAUUGUCUCUCCAGUGAAAUGAUUAUUCCUCCAUUACUCUAUUGAUACAAUAUUGUGCAUGCUAGUGUUGUAUUUCUAUAAAGUAGCUUGAAAUUUAUUAACUUAUACUGUAGGUGUUAUGUAUUCCUAUGACAAAAAAUUAAGUCUUCAAAUUUUUUAAAGUUUUUUUAAUUUAAGUUUUCCUUUUGGGGGUAAAGUUUGCUCUACCAAAUAGUGAUUGUAACAAAUUGAUCUGUUUUGGAUGUUGCUAUAGUGACAUGCAGUUAUAUAUUUUGUUUUUUUGGGGGGGGCGGGGCAAAAGAAACACCAGUGUUAGCUUAAUCUUAAUGUCUGGUGUUUGUCAUGGUGAAAUUAUAACUAUUACAGUGUAGGAGAACAAUGAAUAUGUUCUCUGAAUGAGCUUUUGUGCUUUUGGUCAUGUUAUACAGUGAACUAUUUUUAAGGUCUAAUCAGUGAUUAUUUUUCCAACUCCGUGUUUCUCUAAGGAAUUAUUUCACACACGGACCAUUCUUAGCAGUUUUCCUCAGUGAUGGAAUAUCAUGAAUGUGAGUCAUUAUGUAGCUGUCGUACAUUGAGCAAAUAAACUUACAGAUCUGACAUCA